AUGCCUUUUCAAAGUGUCGAAGAUUUUCUUACUGGUUUAGCACCAGAAUUAAACAAAUACGCAAAAUCGUUGAGAAAUCAAGGUUUUACCUCAACAAAUAUGUUAAAAUUUUUAAAGCUAAAAGAUUUACAAAAUAUACCAUUUGUCGUGCCAGCACCGCAUAGAAGAAUGAUUCUAAGCGCUGUUGCCAAACUCCAAUCGCCUGGAAGUAAAUUCCAAAUCGAAAGUCCACAAUCUACGACAGUCGAUACUCAUGCGUGCAAAAAGAGAAAAACAGAUGGGGAAACCUCAACGGGAUAUAAAAUCGAAACUUCAGAAAGGCAAAGCACAUUUGCGCCAAAAACGCUCUUUUCUGAUGGAACAUUAUCGAAAGGGAACAAUUCCGCGUACGACAUUGUUUUGCAAGAUAAGCUAGAAUUAGAAAAAAAACACGCCCUUCUCAAGGCUGAAUUGUCGGAAUACACCAGUAAACCUGUCGAACUAAUGCCUCUUGCAUUGACUGGCAGUCGAGUGAUGAUGGUCACUUGCACUCGAUGCCAUCACCGUGGACAUAGGAAGGAUGGCAAUAAAAACGGAGCAGUGUGCGAAUUCGAACCGUGCGUGGGAUACCACUACUGUGGAAAUCAAAAACUUCAUCCCGAGUUUAAAACUAAGAAACGAGAGGUAAGAUUUCCUAAUUGCAUAAUUAUGUGUUCGAAUUGUGGGAACCACUUUGUCUUAGUAUAUUCAGUUAUAAAAUACAGGGCGUAUCAAAAUGCACUUUCAAAUUAAAGUUUGCCAUUGUAAUAAUUUAACAGCCACGAUUGUAUAAGACGUUCUGUUUUUGCCAAUUCUAAGCUAUUGCAGUAUUAGUAAUGUAGUAUUACUAAUACGGCUGUCAAACUACCACAAUGCUGUAGGUUAUGGCUUAUUUGAAUUUAAAAACGCAACACCCUGUACAAUACAGUAUUUACAGUAACUCUGAAAACAAUAACCAUUUUGAAAUUGUAUAUUACAUGCAGAAAUACGAAUAAACGAUUUAUUACAACUACUUUUGAAUGCUUUUAAUAUAGAAAGAAAAAGCUCUCAAGGUUCUAAAUGAAAAAAUUGAUCUCACGAGUAAAGAGCUGGACCAGUUGACUGAAUUCGCUGAGGUAAACUUUGUGCGAAAUGUUCGUCCGAGACUUCAGCGGCUUUCCCCCGACAAAUACAAAGGAAAGGACGGGAUGCAGCAGCUACUUAGAGAUGUCAGAUACAUGAAAAUUGCUGUGGAUGGGAAAAUACCUCUCGUUUCUGACAACGAUAAGGAGAAUUUUCUAUCAUUAAUCAGGAAGGGGAAAAGCAAAGUGUCCGCAGAUUUUGGCACUUGCUCAACCGGCAAUUUCCUGGAAAAAACAGAUAUUGGAAUGGAAGAUUUUCCAAUGACAUUCGACAGCAGUGAUGUGGAUGAUGAAGUCAUUAGCAAACAACAAACGAGCACAACACAGCAACAGGAGCAAGUAAACAGACCAUCUAGUAGUUGCACUAUCACCAAGUCGGCAGCAGAAGUCAACGCACAGUACGAAAAAUUGCCAACUCGUUUGUACUCGGCGCCAACAAUGCCGGUAACAAAUCAAUAUGAUGCAAGUUUCCAUCAAUAUCCAUAUUAUAUGCACCCAUUUCCUAGUAACGUGAAUCAUUUUUCACCGGCUAAUAUGUAUCCGCAUCAGAUGUUCCCGACGCAAGCAACGCCACCGCCGUUAUUUUCAAAUUUCUUUCACCCGGCAAUGCCAAUGGCCUUGCCUUCCCAACUUAACGCCACAGAUUUUGCCAUGGUUCAAGAUCACAAUACAGACUAUGAGAAAAAGACAGAAAAUAGUGUUGUGAAUAGACCAAAUAUCAACGAAAACGUUGCAGUGGGAAAAAGUCAUCAAACAGCGUUAACUUGCUAA